AUGGCGUCUCCGAUCACCCGUCCGCUUCUCAGCCUCGUCGCAUAUCUGUGUCUGUUCCCGUCUGUCCUCGCAAAAUCCAGCUUGGAAGAGGCCGCCCUUCCAUCGUACCAUUAUGGCGCAGCCAUCCCCGUCGAGUGUAUGAACCGCAGCAUAGAAACGGGUGAGCAUAUUCAGGAUGCCCGAGAUCAGAUCCAAUGGAUUCCCUUCCCUAUUUGCAAUGAGACCGGGAAGCCCCUCGAGUUCCAUUACGGCAUUGAGACCGAGCUCAACUGCACCAUUCCCAUGAUCGACGACCCCUUCUUCCAUCUCCUCGAGUUCUACGUCCACAGCGACGCACCGCUUGCGUGCCGGCUCCCAGCACGCCCUCCCGCCCACGUUGAGGUUAUCGGCGAAAAACCUGUCGAACCCGAGUACAUACCCCUCGUCUUCGCCCUCGCCGGCACCCUGCAGCUGAGCCACAUGCACAUCAGCACCCAUCUCAACGUGCUACUGCACAGUACUCCGAAACACCACAUCCACCCCCACGAUAGUGGCGUGCUUGACAGCGGAGCCGCCUACAGCACGAGUCCACUCAGCCAUAUGGCCGGUAGCGAUACGCGCCGUCUUGUUAUUGGCGACCCUUUGCCCCUGAGCUUCAGUGUACGCUGGUUCCCAACUCCAGCAUUGCCCAAGACCGAAGGCAAGGUCGAGUGGCAAGGUAUGGGCGGACAUAUCUACGCCAGCACUGUCUUCUAUUCAAUCGUGUCCUUCAUCGCCGGUGUGCUAGGAUCCGGCGCCUACUUUUUCGGUAUCAUACUGCCUAAGAGGCUACGAGGUAGGGGAAUGGGUGGCGCUACACCACUGGGUUACGGGCUAAACGGUAAAGGGGUAGGCAAUGGUUGGGGUUACUCGAAGCGCAUCGAUUAG